AUGGCUACAAAGCUUCGAUGUGUUCAUCUAACGGACCUAUCUUAUUCACCUGAAAAUGUCGACACACUCUUAUCAAUGGCUGAAAAUAUCGAGGGUUCGAUUAUCUUACUCGAAUCAUUGCUAGCUGUUCUACAACGUGAUGUGCCCUCGAUGGAAACAAAUCAAUCGAAACGAUUUCAUUAUACUCGAGAUGAAUUAUUUCAUUUACGACAGUUUGUUACAUCAGAUUUAUCGGAUCGAAUAGGCCAUUUAUUAAAACAAAUUGUUGAAGAUCAAUCAAAUGACGUUGUCGAAUUCGAAGGACAGUCUUGGAGAAACAUACGAACAAUUUUAAUAGAAGGAACUGUUUUAUACACACGCAUUCUUCGCUCGUCGCACUAUCAGAUUGUAUCGUGUAUUGAACAUUUCAUUGAAAUAGGCAAUAAACAUGGGUACAUUCAUAAUCCGAAUGAUCCUGAAUUUAUGGAAGCCAUGAAAUAUUUGGCUUUACCAGCCGAAGAGAAGAUCAAACUUCGCUCGCAAGCAUUCGACGCUAAGAAAGCCUGUUGGAUUCCUGAUCCAAAAGAAUCAUUUGUUGCUGCUGAAAUCGAAAGCACAAAAGAUGAUCAAGUUACUGUUAAAACAUCGAAAGGAGAAAUGAAAACAGUUAAAAAGGAUGACGUUCAACAAAUGAAUCCACCAAAAUACUGGUGUAUCGAUGAUAUGGCUGAUUUGACCUAUUUGAAUGAUGCAUCCGUCUUGGCAACAUUACGUGAUCGUUAUUCACGUUGGUUAAUCUAUACCUACUCGGGAUUAUUUUGUGUCGUCAUUAAUCCUUACAAACGUUUACCAAUUUAUACAAUGAAGGUCGUUCUUGCAUAUCGUGGUAAAAAACGUACAGAAGUUGCACCACAUUUAUAUGCAAUUUCCGAUAAUGCAUACUCCAAUAUGCUUCGCGAUCGAGAAAAUCAAUCGAUGUUGAUCACAGGAGAAUCAGGUGCUGGAAAAACUGAAAAUACGAAAAAAGUCAUUCAAUAUUUCGCAUUGGUCGCAGCUGCCAGUGUGAAAAAAGAGGAUGACGGAAAGAAAACAAUGACACUUGAAGAUCAAAUCGUGUCAGCAAAUCCUGUCUUGGAAGCUUAUGGUAAUGCGAAAACUACUCGUAAUAACAAUUCAUCUCGAUUUGGUAAAUUUAUUCGUAUUCACUUUGGUCCAACCGGUAAAAUCGCUGGUGCUGAUAUUGAAGUUUAUCUUCUUGAAAAAUCUCGAGUCAUCUUUCAGCAACCAGCUGAACGUAAUUACCAUAUUUUCUAUCAACUCUGUUCAAAUGCAUUUCCUGCAUAUCACAAGGAUUGUUUAAUCGAAUCGGAUCCAUCGAAGUAUUUCUAUGUAUCCCAAGGUAUGCUUACAAUCGAUGGUGUUGAUGAUGUCGAAGAAAUGCGUCUCACUGACGAAGCUUUUGAUAUUCUUGGCUUCACACAAGACGAGAAGAUCAAUCUAUUCAAGUGUACUUCUGCUAUUAUGCACUUUGGUAAUUCUCAAUGGAAACAACGACCACGAGAAGAACAAGCUGAAGCUGAAGGCACCGAAGAUUGCGAAAAAGUUGCUCAUUUGCUUGGCGUUGAAGCAGCUGAUCUUAUCAAAGGUUUACUUAAACCACGUAUUAAGGUCGGUAAUGAGUAUGUAAACAAAGGUCAAAAUAAGGAUCAAGUUAUUAACUCGAUUGGUGCUCUUUCAAAAUCGAUUUACUAUCGUAUGUUUUGUUGGCUUGUUGAGCGUGUUAACGUAACGCUCGACGUCAAAGCUAAACGACAAUAUUUCAUCGGUGUACUCGAUAUUGCUGGUUUUGAAAUUUUUGAGUAUAACGGUUUUGAACAAUUAUGUAUCAAUUAUACGAACGAACGUCUUCAACAGUUCUUCAACCAUCAUAUGUUUGUCUUGGAACAAGAAGAAUACAAGAAGGAAGGCAUUCAAUGGGAAUUUAUUGACUUUGGUAUGGAUUUACAAGCUUGUAUCGAUCUUAUCGAAAAGCCUAUGGGUAUUCUUUCCAUCUUGGAAGAAGAAUGUAUCGUCCCCAAAGCUACCGAUAAGACAUUCGUCGAAAAACUUUACAAUAAUCAUUUGGGUAAACAUCCACAAUUCGGUAAACCCAAACCUGGCAAAGGUAAAGCCGAAGCGCAUUUUGAUAUUCAUCAUUAUGCUGGUACUGUCUCGUACUCUGCUACGGGAUGGCUCGAAAAGAACAAAGAUCCUAUUAACAAUACAGUUGCUACUCUCUUUGCUAAAUCAAAGAACGUUCUCCUCUGUCAUCUCUUUGCUGACAUUGUUGAAGAAGAAGGUGCUUCUGGCAAAGGUGGUGGUAAGAAGAAAGGUGGUGGCAGUAUGCAAACAAUCUCAGCUACACAUCGUGAACAAUUGAACAAAUUGAUGACAAACUUGAAACAAACGCAUCCACAUUUCGUUCGUUGUAUCAUUCCGAAUGAAAUCAAAACUGGAGGCGUUCUUGAUUCACAUUUGGUUAUGCACCAACUUACUUGCAACGGUGUACUCGAAGGUAUUCGUAUCUGCCGUAAAGGUUUCCCCAACCGAAUGAUCUAUUCGGAAUUCAAACAGCGUUACUCAAUCUUGGCACCAAACGCAAUUCCAGCUGGUUUCGUCGAUGCUAAGAAAGCAACGGAAAACAUCCUCAAAGAUAUUGCAUUGAGCGAAGAACUAUACCGUUGUGGUACAACCAAAGUCUUCUUCAAAGCUGGUACAUUGGGUCAACUUGAAGAUAUGCGUGAUGCUGCUCUAUCGAAAAUCAUCGCGACUCUACAAGCUCAAGUUCGCGGUUAUAUUAUGAAGAAGGAAUACAAGAAACGAUUGGAACAACGUUUGGCUUUGUCAGUUGUACAACGCAAUCUUCGCAAAUACUUAUCGUUACGUAAUUGGCCAUGGUGGAAAUUGUAUACUAAAGUUAAACCAUUGUUAUCGGUCGCUCGUCAAGAAGAAGAAAUGAAAAAACUCGAAGAAGAAUUCAAAGCAUUGAAAGAAUCUUUGGAAAAAGAAGAGAAAUUGCGUAAGGAAGUCGAAGAUAAUAAUUCAAAAUUGAUUCGAGAAAAGAACGAUCUAUUUCAACAAUUGGAAUCCGAACGAAACGGUGCAUCCGAAGCUCAAGAACGUUAUACACGUUUAGUUACUCAGAAAGCUGAUCUCGAACAACAAGUCAAAGAUUUAGAAGAACGUUUUAGCCAAGAAGAAGAAUCUGCUCAAGAAUUAAAUAGCAAAAAGAAGAAACUUGAACAUGAUAUUGAUGGUUUGAAGAAAGACAUUGAUGACAUUCGUUUAAGUCUUCAGAAAUCUGAAAAUGAAUGUAAAACUCGAGACAAUCAAAUUCAUACCUUACAAGACGAAAUCGCUCAUCAAGAUGAAACAAUCGCGAAGAUAACACGUGAACGCAAACGUCUCGAAGAACAAAACUCGAAAACAACCGAGCAAUUGCAAGCAGAAGAAGAUAAAGUCAACCAUCUGAAUAAACUAAAAGCUAAACUUGAACAAACAUUAGAUGAAUUGGAAGACAGUUUAGAACGUGAGAAGAAAUCUCGGGCAGAUUUAGAUAAAUCCAAACGUAAACUUGAAACUGAUUUGAAAGCUGUUCAAGCUAACUUAGAAGACGUCGAACGAGCCAAACGUGAACUCGAAGAGAAUCUCAAACGCAAAGAUCAAGAAAUUCAACAAAUGGGCGGCCGACUUGAAGACGAACAAGGACAAGCUACCAGUCUUGGCAAGAAAAUCAAAGAUUUACAAGCACGCAUUGAAGAAUUAGAAGAAGAAGUGCAAAACGAACGACAAGCACGAACAAAAGUCGAAAAACAACGUGCUGACUUAGCACGCGAAAUCGACGAGAUGGGUGAUCGAUUAGAAGAUGCUGGUGGUGCAACAGCUUCCCAAGUCGAAAUGAACAAAAAACGUGAAUCGGAAUUACAAAAGCUUCGUCGUGAUUUGGAAGAAGCGAAUCUUCAACAUGAAGCAACCGCUGCCCAACUACGAAAGAAACACCAAGAUGCUGUUAACGAAAUGGGCGAACAGAUUGAUCAAUUACAAAAAUUGAAGAACAAAUUAGAAAAAGAAAAACAAGGAGCCAAAUCAGAAUUGGAAGACAUUCGCGCGCAAGUUGAUCACGCACAAAAAGGUAAAGCUGCAGCAGAAAAACUGGGCAAACAACUUGAACAACAAUUGAAUGAUCUUCAAAUCAAACUCGAAGAUCAUGUGAAACAAAUCACUGAGUUACAUCACAGUAAAACCAAGCUCACGAGUGAAAAUUCCGAAUUGACUCGUCAAGUCGAAGAUCUCGAACAUCAAAUUUCAGCUGUAAAUAAACAAAAAACAUCCAUUCAACAACAACUUGACGAAGCCAAACGUGUGAUCGAUGAUGAAUUACGUGGCAAAGGAUCAGUCACUUCACAAAUUCGUAAUCUAACAGCUGAUCUUGACCAAGCACGUGAACAACUCGAUGAAGAACAAGAAGCGAAGAGCGAACUUCAACGACAAGUGACGAAACUUCAAGCGGAGGCUCAUCAAUGGCGAUCUCGCUAUGAAUCUGAAGGCAUGUCGCGUAGUGAAGAACUUGAAGAAGCGAAACGUAAAUUAGCUGCUAAAUUAACUGAAGCUGAAGAACAAGUUGAGGCUGCAUUGAAUAAAUGCAAUGCCUUAGAAAAGGUUAAAGCUCGUCUUCAAGGUGAAGUCGAAGAUCUUAUGGUUGACGUCGAACGUGCCAAUGCUAACGCUUCGGCAAUGGAUAAGAAACAAAAACAAUUUGACAAACUGAUCAACGAAUGGAGACAGAAAUGCGAAGAUAUCACUGUUGAACUCGAAGCCUCACAAAAAGAAGCACGACACUUUUCAACUGAAUUAUUCAAAAUCAAACAACAAUACGAAGAAUCACAUGAACAAAUUGAUGCUCUGCGUAAAGAAAACAAGAACUUGGCUGAUGAAAUCAAAGACCUUAUUGAACAAUUGGGUGAAGGUGGCAAGAGCGUUCAUGAAUUGGAUAAAGCUCGUAAACGUGCGGAAUUAGAAAAGGAAGAGUUACAAGCUGCAUUAGAAGAUGCUGAAUCUGCACUUGAACAAGAAGAAGCGAAAGUUCUUCGUGCUCAAAUGGAAUUAAGCACAGUUCGUCAAGAAAUCGAUCGACGAGUUCAUGAAAAAGAGGAAGAAUUCGAAAACACCCGUCGUAAUCAUCAACGUGCACUUGAAUCCAUGCAAGCUAGUUUAGAAGCUGAAGUACGCUCGAAGACCGAAGCACUCAAACAGAAAAAGAAACUCGAGACCGAUAUUAAUGAGCUUGAAAUUGCACUUGAUCAUGCCAAUCGUACGAACACAGAUUUGCAAAAAUCGUUGAAACGCAUUGAAGUCAACAUCGUCGAAUUACAAGCUCAAGUUGAAGAAGAACAACGACAACGCGAUGAAGCUCGCGAAGUUGCUCUAGCUGCUGAACGUCGGGCGAAUAUUGUAUCAGGUGAAUUAGAAGAAUUACGUACAGCUUUGGAACAAGCCGAGCGCGCACGUAAAGCAGCUGAAAACGAACUCAACGAAGCUGCUGACCGUAUCAGUGAAGUCAGUACACAAAAUGCGAAUUUGUCAUCACAACGACGACAACUCGAAUCAACAAUUGCUGCCAUGCAAGCUGAUUUGGACGAAGCGGUUGGUGAACUCAAGAAUAGCGAAGAACGUUCACGAAAAGCUGGUGCUGAUGCUACACGUCUCGUUGAGGAAUUACGUCAAGAGCAAGAACAUGCUUUACAAGUUGAACGAUUACGUAAAGGUCUCGAACAACAAGUUAAAGAUCUCCAAACACGUUUGGAUGAAGCUGAAGGAAAUUCGCUCAAAGGUGGAAAACGUAUCAUUGCUAAACUGGAACAACGCAUUCACGAAUUGGAAAGUGAAAAUGAAUUGGAGCAACAUCGUCAUCAAGAAACAUUGAAAGAAUUGCGCAAAAAUGAUCGUCGUUUGAAAGAACUUGUCUUCCAAACCGAAGAAGAUCGUAAGAACCAACAACGUUUACAAGAUCUCUCCGAAAAAUUACAAGCGAAACUCAAAGUCUACAAGCGUCAAGUUGAAGAAGCUGAGGAAAUUGCAGCGCUCAACUUGGCUAAAUUUCGUAAAGUUCAAAGCGAUCUUGAAGAAUCAGCUGAACGUGCUGAUUUAGCUGAAAAUCAACUUGGCAAAAUACGUGCAAAGAAUCGUUCAUCAGUCAGCAUGAGCCGCACUUCAGAAGCUCGUGAUAUUCGAGAGUCAACAACAGUUCGAGCAACAUCAACAUUACGUGCUAGUUCAGUUCGUCAACGUUAA